AGUGGCCGCCUUUCAUCCGGUACAUGCGGUCAGGGUCCAUCGUGACAAACGUCGUGUCGUUAAUAGACGAAAAUUCCAGAUUUUUCACGUAGAUUUAUCGGAUUCCGCAAUAGCGUGUAUGGUGUGAAAUUAACUAUAUUCGUGCGAAAAAAUGGCGCGAUACGGGCAAAGGCCAGAGAACGCUCUGAAAAGAGCGAAUGAAUUCAUCGAAGUAGGAAAACCAGCUCGAGCAUUAGAUACUUUACAAGAAGUCUUCCGCAAUAAAAAAUGGACGUACAGCUGGUCAGAGUCGGUCUUGGAACCUAUAAUGUUCAAGUACCUAGACCUCUGCGUAGAACUAAAAAAAUCACAUAUAGCAAAGGAGGGCCUAUUUCAAUACAGAAACAUGUUCCAAUCCGUGAAUGUUGGAAGUUUGGAAAAUGUUAUACGUGGAUACUUGCGCAUGGCGGAAGAAAAGACAAACCAAGCACGGAAGCAAAGUCAACAAGCCGUUAUAGAUAUAGAUGAUCUUGAUAAUUUAGCUACACCUGAAAGUAUCUUGCUAUCGGCUGUUAGCGGGGAAGAUGCGCAAGAUAGAAGCGAUCGUACCAUUUUAACACCUUGGGUGAAAUUUUUAUGGGAGUCGUAUUGUCAGUGCUUGGAAUUACUGAGGACCAAUGCGCACGUGGAAACAUUGUAUCACGAUAUCGCGCGUAUGGCCUUUCAAUUUUGUCUCGAGUACAAUCGUAAGACAGAAUUUCGCAAAUUAUGCGAGAAAUUGAGAAAACAUCUAGAAGAAAUUUGUAAAUUGCCACCACUCGUUUCUAACGUGUCCAUGAACAGAGCCGAGACACAACAAUUGAACCUAGAAACACGAUUGAAUCAGCUCGAUUCUGCGAUUCAAAUGGAGUUAUGGCAAGAGGCGUUCAAGUCCUCCGAAGACGUGCACGGUAUGAUGAACUUGUCCAAAAAGCUUCCAGUACCAAAAACUAUGGCCAAUUAUUACCAAAAAUUGGCAAUGGUUUUCUGGAAAGCUGGAAACUAUCUUUUCCAUGCUGCUGCUCUGUUCAAAUUGCUGCAGCUUUCUCGCGAAAUGAAGAAGAAUAUGUCACCCGAGGAACAGCAGAGAAUGGCCAAUCGUGUCUUGUUAGCUACGCUAUCUAUACCACUGCCGUCAGCUCAUCCUGAAUUUGAUCGUUUUAUCGAAACGGAUAAGAGUCCGUUAGAGAAAGCUCAAAAGCUCGCGACGCUUUUAGGACUCACUCAACCGCCGACAAGAGUUUCUCUACUUAAAGAUAUAGUUCGUUUAAAUAUUGUAAAUUUAGCGUCGCCGCAGUUGCAAGAAUUAUACUCGUGGCUGGAAGUUGAAUUCCAUCCUUUGGAUCUGUGUAAUAGAGUAGAUUCUGUUAUUCAAACGUUACAGACCGAUGAAACUGGUCCUCUGAUUCAGUACGUUCCAGCGUUGCAAGACGUAACACUCGUGCGUUUGGUUCAUCAAAUAUCUCAGGUUUACCAAACCAUACAGUUCGCCAGGCUUUUGGAACUUGCUAAAUUUACAACGGACUUUCAUCUGGAACGACUGUUGGUCGACUGUGUAAGAUACAACGACAUGCAGAUAAGAAUUAAUCACGGAAAGAAAUGUGUUCACUUCGGAGUUGAUUUGUCCGAAGCGCAGAGGGAAGAUCAUCCCGAUGGUCCUGUCCUACAGGCAAUGCCGUCUGAACAAAUUCGUUGUCAACUUGUAAAUAUGGCUACCGUAUUACACAGAGCAAUAAACAUUAUCAAUCCAAAUAAGAAGAAGAUAGAGAGGGAGAAAUUGCGUAACGCAAUGGUAAGUCAUUACCAUGAAACUAAGCUGAAGGAGCAUCAAAGAAUUCUAGGAAGACAUAAGAUCAUUGAGGAAAGGAAGGAGUACAUCGAACACAUAAACACUGUCCGCGAAGAAGAGGAAAUGCGAAGACAGGAAGAAUUGCAGAGACAGCAAAUGUUGGCCGAGCAGAAAAGACUCGAACAGGAAAGAGAAGAACGCGAAAGGAAACGACAACAGAGCGAGAUACAACAAAUCAAGGAUCGCCAUCUUAAAGAGAAAAUGCAACAGAUUUCUCAAACUAGUCACGGUCAGAAGGUACUGAAGAAAUUAGACGAAGACGAGAUCAAGAAACUAGACGCGGAACAAAUUGCAGCCCGCGAAGCUGAAGAAUUGCAGAAGGAACGUCGUGAGAUGCAACAGAAAUUGAAGUCCCAGGAGAAGAAGAUCGAUUACUUGGAACGUGCGAAACGUUUGGAAGAAAUUCCGUUGGUGGAGAAAGCGGCGGAAGAAAAGAUGGAGCAGGCGAAACAACGCUGGGAACAACAAGAGGCGGAAAGGAUUGCCGCUGCCAUCGAGGAGAGACAGCAGGCUGUCGCGACUCGGGAACGCAUGGCGAGAAUGAAAGAGGAUCACGAUAGUUUCUUAGCGAAGAUCCUGGCCGAACGUAAGAGUAUCUAUUUAGAGAAACUGGCGGAAUUCGAGAAAGUCUUGAACGAAGAGAGAGCAAGUAGAUUAUUGAAACGCAAGAUGGAACGCAAGGCUGAGCGUAAAGCGAAAUGGGAGAAAGAACGGGCCGAAGCUCUCGAGAAGAAACGUUUAGAGGAUUUGCGUAUCAAGCAGGAAGAAGAGAAACGACGCCUCGAAGAGGAAAGAGCCAAGAAGGAGCAAGAAGAGAGAUUGAAACGUGCCGAAGAAGAGGCAAAGGAAGCCGAACGUUUGGCAAAGAUCGAGAAACAAGCGGAUAUUACCAGAGCAAGGGAAGCCGAGAUUGAACGGAAGCUCGAGGAAAAAAGACAAAGAGACGGGGACAUGUCGGACACGUGGAGACGCGGAGAUCAACAGCCACAACAACGUUACCGUAUUCAAGAUAAACCAAUGGAAAUGUCAUGGCGUCGUUCAAUGGAUACUAAAGAAGACGGCGUUAAAGACGAUUCCUCGCGUUGGAAGAGACGCGAAAUAGAUAGUAAGUGGAGGAAAGACGAUGCGGAUAAACCGAAAAGAGAUAUCGGCGACAAAUGGAGGAAGGACGAUUACGAUAAAGACGAUACAAGGGACAGAGACAGGGACAGAAUAGAUAAAGAUCGUGGAAUGGAUCGUCCGAUACGCGAAAUUCCGCGCGAUAUACCUCGAGACCCGAUAUCGGAUGGACCCCGUAUCCGUGGCAGGAUGUCCGAUCGGCGUGGCGGUGAACGCGGUGGUUUUGGCAGCGAACGCGGUGAACGCGGUGGUUUUGGUGGUGAACGCGGUGAACGUGGUGAACGUAGUGAACGCGGUGGUCUUGGCAGUCUCGGUGGGGGUCGUCGUGAAGAUUCGAUGCGUAAUAGUAAUCAAAGCUGGCGCGACAAAAGCGAUGCGAUACAAAACUCUCCUCGGGAUCUACCCAGACGCGAUGAAAAGCGGGACGACCCGAAAGAUGACAGACUUCCAGCUAAAAACGACGAAAGAAGACGACAACCAGAGGAUGAUGGAUGGUCGCACGUCAGCCGGCGUUAAGACUUGAAGACUAUCUAUAGAAACAAUGUUUAUCAUUUUUCAAGAAGAGUGCAUACUACGCAGUUAGACAUUUGCCUGAAAUUACACGAUGGGCCCAACUCUACUGUUUCGUGCACCGCUUCGUACCUCAUCCGACAUACUCGUAACGGUAAAAAGAAAGCACAAAGAUGAUCGAAUCGUUAGCCAAUUCACAAACAUUAGGGAAAAAGAAAACGUAAUAUAUAUGUUAACAGACGACGAUGAAAUUGUGUUUUUAUAAUAUUUUUAAACUCAGAACAAAAGUUUUCUAAAUCGACCACGCUGCGUUACAUGCAUUAGACUUGUAAAGAAACGAAGAAAAAGCUCUAACAGUAUACAUAGUAAUUAGUGUAUCACAACUAUACGUGAAAUAUGAAUCAAUGUACAGAGCAGAAUAGAUGGUGAACUGUAUGAAUGCCGAACUGUAUUGAAUUUGCUGGGUAACCUGACAACAGGUGUGAAAAGUCACAAAACAUCAAUAAAGGUCUCUUGUAUCCUGAUA